AUGGCGUCCGCGGAUUCCGCAUUAGACAGCACUGAGUCGCGUGUCAUUACCGGUUGGAAGCGAGUCGCUUGGCCAAUACUUCGUACACUGCCUCUAGAGAAGUCAGCCGCCAGACUACCUGCCCCUAUGCAACAGAUCUCCGAAGAUGUUCUCAAGAUCGGGCAUGAAACCGCCCAAAAGCAUCACCUCUUCUCAUCCUUCGAAGACAUGAAGGAUGGAAUUCACUUUGAGAGGCGAAGUUGGAGGCCAACCCUCCUGAUAGUUGCGCCCUGGUCCUCCGAAAAGACACCAAUCUGGGAAGCAGCCUUGAAGGAAAUGGUCAAGAGCUUGACGGAGCUGAUAAAGGCAUCGUCUAUCCGUGACGGUGAUAUCGCCGUCGAAAUCAUCGCUCCUGAACUUACUCAGACGAUUUACUACACUGGCAUCGACGAUCCGCAUCUUAGUGCAACCUGGGGCUCUGUCCGUCCCAAGGUUUAUGAGUGCCUCGAGUCCUUUCAAGCGACCAAAGGUCACAUGAGCACCAUUGGUCUCUUUCGGCAUGGGGUGCUUCCAGCUCUCGAAGCCAACCCAAAUACAGUUUAUGUUUCGGUAGACUAUGACUCAGACGAGACGGGAUGGCAUGAGGUCAUCGCUGAUAUCAAGAAAAUGCUUCAGGGUGAAGAGGGCUGGGGUCAUGUGAAUGUUCAUAUGGAGCAUAAUCAGAACUGGGCAGGAGGCUUUUUCGACUAA